AUGACGACAGAUGGCUGCCCUGACUGCACUGUCUUCAGCUACGGUCUAGCAGGACGCGGAGCUCAUCUGGCGAUUCCGUCAAUAGUCGCACCAGUUCUGGCUUUUCUAUUGGUAUCGAAUCGUGUAUACUGGCGCUGCAAGCUGGUGGGGGGACUAGGUCCGGAUGAUCUGUGGACUCUCCUAGCUCUGGUAUGCUUCAUAGCGCAAUGCGGAUCGACUAUCGCCGCCGUCAAUUUUGGAUAUGGCAGACCUAUGGUCACCAUGACACCAGACCAGGCUUCUCUAGCUCUGAAGUGCUUCUUCCUCCUGCAAAUAUUCUACAAGCUCACGAUCAACUGCACGAAGGUGUCGAUCCUUUUACUCUAUCUGCGCAUCUUUACCGAUCGUGCUUGGUUUGGCAGGAUAUGCAGAGGCUUAAUAGUAUUGGUGCUGUGCGCCUGUGUCUCAUUCACGAUAGCAACAAUUCUGCAAUGCGAUCCUAUUGCUGGAGCAUGGACUCGCUGGACUACCCAUUCCCACUGUGUCAACAUCUACGCCUUAUGGUACAGCAACGCCGUCUACAACAUUUUGACAGAUCUCACGAUCGCUUUCAUGGUGCCCCCUAUCAUCUUCAAGCUCAAAUUGCCUAUGCGGCAGAAGCUGGCAUUGACGGGGAUUUUUGGCCUGGGUGUCAUUGUCUGUGCGGCAUCAAUCUCUAGGCUGACAACAUUGUACUCGUCCGCGGAUGGGAAUGAUCCCACAGCAGGUUCCUUUAUCUCGACAAUAUGGACGAGCAUCGAAGCUGGGCUUGGGAUAAUCUGUGCGAACCUACCAAUGUUGCGAACUCCUCUUCAACACUUCUUUCCCAAAAUCUUUCCCCCUCGAUCACGGACAAAUCAGCUCUCAAGCACAAGUCAAAUCAGACCUAGCGAAGGAUCUGAUGGUUGCAUACUUGUCAUGACGGCAACAAUGGACGAGACUCCAGUCUGCUAUACAGAGCCGACAAUGUCUUGUCAAACGCCUGCUAUCGACAUCACCCAGGCUCCGCCAUCUCAUCGUAGGAAUCGAGAAAUGAACGAGAUGAAUUUUCCCACAGGCUCUACGAUGACGAGAACCUGGGACGGUUGUGACACUCAGCAGCGCCCAAGCUCCUCGAGAUGGCGCACGUAUAACCAUAAUCAUGCAGAGGGUGAUGCAUCAUGGUAUCAUCGUUCGCACAAAGUAUGGUGA